AUGGUUAGGGCUGAUGCAGCUGUGAACAUCAAGGUGCUUCAAAAUGCUACGGCCGCACACUUUGGGUUCAGGCCUACGUACAGGAGGGUAUGGAUGGCGAAGCAGAAGGCCGUUGCCGUCAUAUAUGGGGACUGGAACGAGUCGUACAAUGAGCUCCCUAGGUGGGUUUUAGGAGUUCAGCUGACGAUGCCUGGUACUGUAGCCGUCCUCAGGACUUGCCCUGUUCGAGUUGGGGGACAGGUUGAUGAGUCUCAGGUUUAUUUUCAUAGGCUGUUCUGGACUUUCCCCCCUUGUAUCCAGGCAUUCCGUCAUUGCAAGCCUUUGAUGAGUAUUGAUGGCACCCAUCUAUAUGGGAAGUAUGGGGGAACACUGCUAGUCGCCAUUGCACAGGACGGAAACUCGAACAUCCUCCCCGUGGCAUUUGCACUCGUUGAGGGUGAGAAUGCUGAGUCAUGGUCUUUCUUUCUUUCCCACCUCCGUGAGCACGUGACACCUCAGCCGGGUCUGUUAGUUAUUUCAGAUAGGCAUAACGGCAUCAAGGCAGCCCUCGAGGCUCCGGAUGGGGGAUGGCUACCCCCUGCUGCGUACCGGGCGUUCUGCAUUCGACACGUUGCAGCGAAUUUUGCCUUGACGUUUAAGGGAAAAGAUGCCCGGAGGCUUCUUGUUAACGCCGCAUAUGCCAAGACCGAGGUGGAGUUCGACUACUGGUUUGACAUUCUGCGGUCUGAGAAUCCGGCAAUGUGUGACUGGGUGAACCGAAUCGAGUAUUCGUUGUGGACACAGUACUGUGAUGAGGGUCGGAGAUUCGGGCACAUGACGACCAAUAUUUCGGAAUGUGUCAACUCAAUCCUGAAGGGGGUAAGAAACCUCCCUAUUUGCUCGCUGGUGAAGGCCACAUACGGAAGGCUAGCUGAGCUAUUUGUCCGUAAGGGUAGGGAGGCCGAGGCUCAGAUGGGUACUGGACAACAAUUCAGUCAAUACCUAGUAAAGUGUAUCGAGGCCAACCUGAGGACAGCCAGGUGCUUCACGGUGACUGUUUACGACAGGGAUAACUCGGAGUACACCGUUGCUGAGACGACUAGGACAGGUUCAUUCUCUCUUGGUACGUACAGGCCUUACGUCCACGAGGUCUAUCGCCUGAGUUCCGUCUUCGGUGUCUAUCAGAUGGGAUUUAUCCCUCCCAUUCCAGAGGGUUUCUGGCCACCUUACGCCGGGCCUACCGUUAUACCGGAUCCGAGUAUGAGGCGUGCGAGUGAGGGUCGUCCUAGAUCCACAAGAAUUCGCACCAACAUGGAUGAAGCAGAUCCGAACCGGCCAAAGAGAUGUGGCCUCUGCAGGCAGCCAGGUCACACCAGGCGUAGUUGUCCACAAGCCGCAGGCCCCAGCGGGACUGCUGGAAAUCAGUAG